GGUAAUUUCAAACUUUUCUCACCAUGUAAUUUAUUGUGACAAGGAAAGAUUGCUCCUACAAAGCUCAUUGCAAGCAGAAUAAAUAAUGGGAGAGGUCUUAGAUGAUGAGUUCAAGCAAAUCAUCUCGAGAAUGAAGCCUCAUGCAAAGAAAUUGCCACAAAAAUCAGAGGAGAGAAGUAAAGUAACUUCUUGGAUUAAGAAGCUACUUGCAGUAAAAAUUGAAAAAGCUGAGCGCAACGAGUAUGCCAAGUUGUUACUCCAAGUCCUGAAGUCGAGUAAACUAGAGCCACCAUUCACUAUUGACCCCCCUCAGGGGUUGCUGCCUCGACUGGGCACAUUUAAACCCAUCACAAGGACUGGUGCAUCAACACAGCAACAGCAACCGAUUGGUUCAUUUCAAUCGACUAACACUCAACGAGAAGUGGAGAAAACUACAUCUGAUUCGAGUCGAGAUAAAGCUAAGAGACGUGCUAGUGAACAUAAAGGGGCUCGACAUCAUCACACGACACAAGAGCAUCGUAGAUUUGAGCAAAUCCCUAAAGCUACUCCUACAUGUACCUCUCCGUUGUAUCUGAUUCAAACCAAUCUUCCUGAUAGUGGUAUCAGUUACGGGGCCGGGGAAGGCCGAGUGCAUACCAGUGAGGAGGGGCUGUGGAGCCUUGAUGCUGGACCAUCUACAUCACUACAGAGACCUAAUCCUCAAGCAUCACGCUAUGAGUCAAGGUCACCUUCGCUCAAAGCGUAUACACAACUCGACGAGCUGUUGUCCUCCAGCCCUUCCCUGAGUCUGAGUGAUGAGAUCUUGGGCAGUGAUGACAGUCAACUCUCUGAUGUGAGUGAACUACUCUUGGGACGGUCAGAGCAUUGGACAAAGUCACCUAAGGGGUCGGAGAAGAAACACUCAUUCAUGGUCUCAAGCUCAGGUUCAUAUUCACCCAAGAAAGCUUUCACUAGUUCUUUUCCAGUUGCUGUCUCCCCAAGAAAGUAUGAUAUCACCAAAGAAAUCCUUCAAAGCAGAGAGAUUGAGCUGAAAGUAAAGGCUGCAGAGAAUCAAUUUGAAGAAGAGAAACUGAAAAUACAAAGAAGCCACGAGGAAUCGUUGAAACAGAUAUUUGACCGUAAGAACAAUGAGCUAGAGAACCUUCGUACUGAGUGUCGUCUCAAGGGAAGCCAGAUGGCUGCCCAGGUGAGACGGGUGGAGUUGAAGCUGUCUCAGUCUCUCAAAGAGAACAAGGCUCUGAGGGAGGAGGGAAGUCAGUCGCUGGCAGACUCUCGUCAGUACAGGCAGAAGCUGGAAGCACAAUUUGAGGAAAAGCUCCAUGCAGUUGUGUCAGAGUUUGAGACCAGCAAGCUAGAGCUGGAGCAACACUACGGCAAGGCUCACCAGAGAUUAGUGGCAGAGAUGACCAAUAGAAUGGCCUCCAUCAAAGACGACCAUACAACACAGAGAAGAGCUGAUGCUGAGCUGAUCUCAGCACUGAAGACAAAGCUCAAGGAACGUAGCAGAGGGUCAGAUAAUCUGAAACAAGCUCACUCUGAACUGCAUCAUGACAAGGAAAAGUUAGAUGAGAAGUGCUCUUCACUUCAAGCUGAGUUGAAAACAGCUCAGGACAGAGUUGAGGCUGUGGAGGUUGAGUUACUCUCUGUGAGGUCGGAAAGAGACCAACAGAUAGCCUCACUGAGAGAGGAGAGAGACCAGCAGAUAGCCUCACUGGGAGAGAACAGAGACCAACAGAUAGCCUCACUGAGUGAGGAGAGAGAUCAACAAAUGGCCUCACUGAGAGAGGAGAAAGAGUGCCAGCUGAGGGAGCUGAGGACAUCCACUGAGGAGAGUGUGGCGGCCAUGCAACACGAGUACACUAUACAGGAAUCAAAGAUGUAUGAGUCCAUUGCUGAGUUGAAGGGUCAGGUCAGUGAGAUGGAGAGGGAGAUGGGCAAGGCCAAAGAAGAGCAAGCUCUUGGACUAUCUGAGCUUGAAGCCGAGUGCCAGCGAGCCGUGAGACAGAGAGAUCUCGAACAUGAUAAGAGAGUGAUAGAGCUCAAGAGAGAGGCCAGUGAGAGAGAGAUGCGGUCCAAAGAGAGACUAUCCUGCCUGGAGGAGGAGCUUAGAGGUCGUGAUGAGCAACUGGAGACACUGAGGGCUAAGAUGGAAGCUCAAUCAAAACAGGCAGAGCAGGCAAUCGAUGAUUUCAAGGCUGAGGUUGAGCAGCAGACCAGUGGCAUGUUUGACCAGAUGAAAGGCGAGCUUUCCUCCCUCGAGAAAGAACUCACUACCUGUCGAGUAGAGAGGGCCUCAGAGAGGGAGCAGUUCUCAUUGAAGAGGAAGGAAGACAGAGCAAGGGCUGAGGGGGAGAGGGGAGAGAUGGAACUGAGACACAGACAGACAGUGGAGGAGUUGGUGACUAGUCACAAGGCGACAAUGGAAGGGCAGAGAGAGGAGUUGGUGACGAAUAAGGAAGAGAUGGUUGCUGGCCUGAGCAGUGAGUUGACUCAACUGGAGGCUCAGGCAGCAGCUAAAGAAGGUCACUACAGAAAGGUGGUCUCCUCCCUGGAGGGUGACGUACGAGGGCUGAGGGAACAGGUGGAGAUAAUGGCUAGACGACACGGCGGGGAGAUUCUGGAGUUAGAGAGACAAAAGAGAGAAGAGGUGGCAGCAACUGUUAGGAUACACGAGGCAGCUAUUGGCAAGCUCAAAACACAACUUGCAAGAGUCAGGGAGGAGCAUAAACGAGAGAUAAAAUCCCUGACUGAAAAACACGACCACCAGCAUCGGCAGGUAGAGCACCAGUACUCACUAAGAGACAGUCAGUCAACCAAGACUAUGACAUCACUGAAAGCGCAGGUCCAGUUUCUAGAGGAAAACAUGAAAAAACAGCAGAGCUCACAUGAGGAUCACAUGAGAGAGUUGAUGCACCGUAACGGUGAGGAAAUGGACGGCAUGAAACAACACCAUGACUCCAUUCGACAGAGUUUGACGGAGGAGGCUGAGGCAGCCCACCUCACUGUGUCACAGCACCAGGAGAGGAGCAAACACCAGCUGGCUGAGCACAACUCAAAUCUGUCUCAGUUGAAGCGUUCCUAUGAGGAGAAGCUGAGGGGCAUGUUACCAUUGGCUGUGAAACAGGAAUAUGAAGACACCAUCAAGAGCUUGAGAACCCAGAUCAGUAUUCUGCAACAGAGAGCCGGGGUCUUGCAAGAUGAGUUGAACCAGCGCUACUCUGCACACAAACUAUCACCCACAAAAACACUUAGUCCAUUUUAAAGCUUCAUUAAUUUGUGAUAAAUACAACUUUUUCACUCAUUUUUCAUUUCAAACCCUGUAAACUUGAUUAACUUGUUGACGUUAACAC